AUGGCGGGUGAUCAUCAAACGGUCGCGGAUAUCAAUCUGCUAUCAAAAUUUCUCAGUGAUAAUCAACACGGCCUCUCUGCUAGCUCUUCAGUCGACUGCAUCGUGAUUUGUGCUUCGGCCGUUCUGUACGGCGCCGAGGUCCUCUUCUCCACCCUUCAACAAAAUCCUUCCAUAACCAGAUGUGUUGUGCUUUGCGGAGGUAUCGGACACUCAACCGAACUUCUGUACGCCUCCGUGAAAGCUCAUCCGAGAUUUUCGCGCAUUGCAAAUGAAGUGCAGGGACUCCCGGAAGCUGAGGUCCUAAAUCUCAUUCUGAAUGAAUUCCAUGAUCGGUCUUCGAUCACUCGGAAUGGAUGUCAGAUUCUCGUCGAAUCACAGUCUACAAAUUGUGGACAAAACGCUUCAUUCUCCCGAAAGGUGCUCGAUGAGGCGGGAUUCACGUCUCCGGCUACGUGUCUUGUCAUUCAAGAUCCUACGAUGAUGCUCCGCACGAAGGCGUCAUUUGAAAAGGUCUAUGAGGAUGCCAUAUCUGCCGUGUCGGUUGUCAGUUGUCCGACUUUCGUACCGCAAGUACAAUUGUCGCUCAGCGGUGAUCUCGAAUACUCCGAUAAACACGUGGUAACGAUGGAAGGACGGUCGAUUCCAUCGGCUCAGCUGUGGUCGCAAACUCGAUUUUUGGAGUUGAUCACGGGGGAGAUCCCCCGUCUGAGGGAUGAUAAAGAUGGCUAUGGUCCUCGAGGACGGGGUUUCAUUUCCCAUGUCGAUGUACCUGGUGAUGUUGAAGCCGCCUGGUCUCGUCUACAGUCGACGUCUAGGGGAUCAAGAUAA